CGAAGCGGCACCAUUCCUUUCAAAUUAUCACUUCAAAAAAUACAAUCACUUGUCUAUUUAAUUGCUUAUCUACGAUUGUGAGUCAAAGAUACUCUGUGGUUGACACAUAAAAAAAAAAAUGAAUAUGUCAAAUGGAAAUGAACGAUCAAAAAAGAGGGCGCCUCCGACUGAAAUCAUUCAGAGCAAAGAGUAAAAUAUUGGGUAUUCAUUCAGAGAGAUUAUUUUUCCCGUACAGGGAAAGUUGUAAAUAGUUUUCAAUUAAAUUUCUUUGUACGGUUACGCCAAACGGAUAACAUUAAAUCUAUGUGAAUAUGUUUAACAAGUGAGUGACGACCGUGAUGGAAAACCAUAAAGUGUGUGCCUCUUAAAACAAAAAGCUAUCAUCGCAUACUUAUCCCAACGCCAUUUUGAGGCGAAAUUUUAUAGCGAGAGCGGAGGAUGGCCCGAGGCGGCGGGAUCAUUCUAAUUAACUGACGGACACAGCCGGCUCACAGCUGGCGCAAGCAAGAAAAAUGCCACGUCCAGGCAGCCUGAAGGACCCCGACAUUGCUGAGUUAUUCAGUAAACAUGAUCCAGAGAAGAUCUUUGAGGAUCUCAGAGAAAUUGGCCAUGGAUCAUUUGGGGCGGUAUACUAUGCACGCUGCAAUCUCACAAAAGAGAUUGUGGCGAUCAAGAAGAUGUCCUAUCUGGGCAAGCAGAGUGAGGAGAAGUGGCAGGACAUCUUAAAGGAGAUAAAGUUUCUCAAGCAGUUGGAUCACCCUAACACCAUAGAAUACAAGGGGUGUUACAAAAGGGAGCAUACAGCUUGGCUUGUUAUGGAGUACUGCGUAGGCUCUGCUUCUGAUAUUAUUGAGGUUCACAAGCGUCCCCUACGCGAAGAAGAAAUCGCUGCAAUAUGCGAGGGUGUCGUCUGCGGUCUGUCAUACUUGCACAGUCUGGUUCGGAUUCACCGCGACAUCAAAGCCGGCAACAUUCUACUCACAGAGAAUGGCACGGUGAAGCUGGCAGACUUCGGCAGUGCCAGUAUAAAGUGUCCCGCCAACAGUUUUGUCGGUACACCGUACUGGAUGGCGCCGGAAGUCAUUCUCGCCAUGGAUGAAGGACAAUACGAUGGGAAGGUGGACGUAUGGUCGCUGGGUAUUACGUGUAUUGAAUUGGCGGAAAGGAAGCCUCCUUACUUCAACAUGAAUGCCAUGUCUGCUCUCUAUCACAUCGCUCAAAAUGAUUCGCCUACUUUACAAGCUCCAGAAUGGACGGACACAUUCCGAUAUUUUGUCGAAGCGUGCCUACAAAAGAACCCCCAAGACCGUCCGUCGUCCACAAAGCUUCUAUCGCACCCGUACAUCACACGGCCUCGAUCAAUCAACGUCCUUGUUGAUCUCAUACAGAGGACCAAGGCUGCUGUAAGGGAUUUAGACAACUUGAAUUAUAGGAAAAUGAAGAAAAUAUUAAUGGUCGAUGGAGACAAUGAGAGUGCUAUUGGUGAUAGCGAGGAGACGGCCGAGGAGCGGUCGGGCGGCGACAGCUCCAAGUCCAACUCGGCCACGUCGGAGCACAGCGCGGCGGGCGCCUCCAGCCAGAGCUCCUCCUCCGGCAGUCUGCGCCGGCGGCCGCACCCGCUAAACGCAAACCAGCAACAGGCGCAAUACCAGCAAUACAACCAUCAACCCGCCCACUCAGCCAGAGAGAGCGACAGCCCUAUACCCGGUUCGCACGACGACUACGUGAACAGGGAGGUGCUGCGCGAUUACGCGAACAGGGACUCGCUGUGCGACGACUACGGCGACGAUUACGCGAACAGGGAGGCGAUACGCGAAGCUCAAAGGGAGCGCGAGAGACAGGCGAACGAGUACAGGGAGUACGUGAACGCGCCGUCCACGUGGCAGCACGACAGCGGCGACGAUAACAGGAACACGCAGCGUAGGCAGACGCAUAGGGGCGUCAGCAAUAACGUGUCAGUAGCUAUGUCGCUUGUAUCGGAGCAUGGCGCCAAUAACUUUGCUACAAUAAGGACCACUAGCAUCGUUACAAAUGAACAGAAGGAACAUAAUCAGGAAAUGCACGAGCAGAUGUCCGGCUACAAGCGCAUGCGCCGCGAGCACCAGGCGGCGCUGGCGAAGCUGGAGGAGCGCUGCAAGGCGGACGUGGAGGCGCACAAGGCGCAACUGGACCGCGAGUACGAGUCGCUGCUGCAGCAGCUGUCGCGGGAGCUGGAGCGGCUGCAGACAAAACACGUGCAAGAGCUGGAGAGGAAGCAGAAGCAGAACGCGGCUGCGGAGAAGAAGCUGACCAAAGACAUAACGUCACGGCAAGAGCAAGACCGGAAGGCGCACGAGGCGCAUCGCAAGCGCGAGUACAAGGCGAACAAGGAGCGGUGGAAAAAGGAGCUCAGUAUGGACGACGCCACGCCCAAGCGACAGAGGGAUGCCACCUUACAGUCUCAAAAGGAUAACCUGAAGCAAGCGGAGGCGCAAGAGGAGACGCGGCUGUUGCGCGCGCAGCACGAGUACUUGCAGUUGGAGCUGCGGCGCUUCAAGCGGCGGCGCAUGCUGGCGCAGCAUCACAAGGAGCAAGAGCUUCUGCGUGAGGAGCUCAACAAGAGGCAGCAGCAGCUGGAGCAAGCGCACACGAUGCUGUUGCGUCACCACGAGAAGACGCAGGAGCUCGAGUACCGGCAACAGAAGGGUGUGCACGCGCUCAGGGAGGAGCAGUUGUCGAACCAACACGCGACGGAGCUCGCCAACCAGCGCGAGUACAUGCAGCGCGCCGAGCACGAACUGCGCAAGAAGCACGCGUUGCAACUCAAACAGCAACCGAAAAGCCUCAAGCAAAAAGAAAUGCAGAUCCGCAAGCAAUUCCGAGAAACGUGCAAAAUACAGACUCGCCAGUACAAAGCUCUUAAAGCGCAGAUAUUGCAAAUGACUCCAAAGGAGCAACAGAAGGAAGUGAUAAAGUCGCUGAAGGACGAGAAGCGACGCAAGCUGGUGCUGCUGGGCGAGCAGUACGACCAGAGCAUCAGCGAGAUGCUGCAGAAGCAGACUGUGCGCCUCGACGAGAGCCAGAUGAUGGAGUGCCAGCACCUGAAGAUGCAGCUGGACCACGAGCUGGACAUGCUGACGGCGUACCAGAGCAAGAGCAAGAUGCAGGCGGAGGCGCAGCGCGACCGCGAGCGGCGCGAGCUCGAGGACCGAGUCGCCGUGCGCCGCGCGCUGCUCAAGGCUAAGAUGGAGACGGAGUGCGGGCAGUUCGACGCGGAGCGAGCGGAGCGCACGCGCAUGCUGCACGAGCGGCACGAGCGCGAGCUCGAGCACUUCGACAACGAGAGCACAAACCUCGGCUUCAGUCCAAUUGCGAUCGCGGAGGGCAGCCGAGACGGCUACGGCGAGGAGGAGCAGUCACUGUCCGGCUCCAUGCUGUCUCUCGCGCACAGCAACUCGUCUGCGAGCUUCCCCGCCGGCUCGCUCUAACCGCCCCGCGCACGCGCACACGCAUACACACUCCACACACCACACACAUACACCCACACACACAAACACACGCGAACGUCAUAGCUCUGGACAUGCAUUAAGCCAGCUCCAGACAAGUGUAACGUGUAAUGUAACACUAAUUUGAUGUGUGGAUGGCACUACAAACAUUUCAUGUAUGACACGCGCCGUCGAUUGGGUUGAUCCAUCGGCUGUCGGUUUUUUGCACGAACACAAAGGCCUUCCUAUUCGGCGUGUUUGUAGCAAUUCAGUGAAAACACACUUGAAAUAGAUUGGUGUACACAAUUCGCUUUGAAUCGUGUUUCGUCCAUUGUUGAUGCUAAUUUACACGUAAUCUUACGCGUUACACUCGUCUGGACCCGGCUUUACAUAUAUAGCAAUAUAACACGUAUAUACACAAUCAGUUGAGCCUUUAAAAACAAAGUCUAGCUUUUACGUAUAUUGUAAAUAAUCAGGGGCCUACUAAAGGUCAAGCAAUUCGGAAAAGUAUAGUAACCGUAUCGCUUCGCCGUCAACCAGGCGUCGACUUGCUUCGGCAAACCGACGUAACCUGACAAUGCUUUAGGAACGAAUGAUCCCUAAGACUUAAACUUUUCACUAACAAACUCUGAUUGUGUAUAUACGUAUGAAUUGUUCUCUACUCAUGCCAUGUAUUCUCUCGUCAUCCAAUAUUGAAAGUCACAACUCAAAAUACAUUGCUUUUAUUAUGUCCUUAAUUUCAUUGUCACAAUUGAAAUAGAAUCAUCACAUGACAACGGUGAUACGUUUGUUACUUUCAAGCUAAUAUAGACAUUGAUUGCAUUGAUAUAAAGUCGAAAAUUAACAAUUAUGAACUAUUUGCAUCUCGGAGAUUAUAAGCAUAGCUUUAGCUAAGUCCUCGUCUGCCUGGUAUACGAGCUCGAGCGAAUGACGACAGAGGGGAAGGGGAAAGGGGAGUGAGGAAUGGGCGGCAGAAGUUUCAUUCAUUCAAUCUUUGAAGGCGGUUGUGUUGACAUUCGUUUCACUCGCUCCCCUCUGUAACAAUUUCCCUAGAGAUUUUGACGGCCUCCGUGGCGCAGUGGUAUGCGCGGUGGAUUUACAAAACUGAGUUCCUGGGUUCGAUCCCCAGCUGGGCCAACUGAGGUCUUCUUAAUUGGUCCAGAUCUGGCUGGAAAGAGGCUUUGGCCGUGGCUAGUUACCACCCUACCGACAAACACGUACCGCCAAGCGAUUUAGCGUUCCGGUACGAUGUCUUGUAGAAACCGAAAGGGGUGUGAAUUUUCAUCCUCCUCUUAACAAGUUAGUCCGCUUACAUCUUCGAUUGCAUCAUCAGUUACCAUCAGGUGAGAUAGUCGAGGGCUAACAAGACCUUUAUACCGCCCAAGAUACGCGCCAAGUGAUUAAGAAAUUUAGUUUGUCUAUAAAUGUCGUCCUCUCUUGACAAGCAAAUUAGGCGUGGACUGACUUGUGCUAUUACUAAUAUUUGUGUUGAUUAUUUUGGUCUAAUGAAUAUUAUUUAAACGGGUACAUACCACGAUAAAAAGACAAGAUUUUUUAUGUCGAUAUUUCGACCCAGUUGCAUGGAUCGUGGUCACAACGAGACGUGGUAUGUACCCGUUUAAAUAAUAUUCAUAAUGAACAACCACGAAUAAGCUUAAAAUCAUUAUUUUGGUCUUUCUUUCAAUGUCGAGAACAGCUUGAUAACAACAAACGUAAAGCGAUGGCAGAGCGGCUUAUCUCUCAACAUCAUCGAUCAUCAACGAUCAUCAACGCUGCCGCUAUAAGUUAUUUUAUUGCAAUACUUUCAUUUUGAAAUGAAAUGUCUAUACAUGUUUUCUUUUUGUUUUCAAAAUCGAAAACAUGAUGACAUAAUUAUCAAAUUAUAGUGGCCUAACUUACUACUGCGUAUAUUAUUGUUUACUAAUUUCCACAAUGGAAAGUAAAUAAUUACUAUACACCGUUUUUAUCAUUACUGAUAGAAAUUACUCACCGUCCUGUCCUUGUAUACAGAUAUUACGAUUUUAAGUAUUUGUAUACAAUGUUAUUGAUUUACAGCAAAAAUUUAUAGCGACAGUGUAUCAUCCCACAUACAGUGCUCGCCACGGAUCUUUAUGUAUGUGAAGUUAGCUGCGGAAUGAGUAUUCGUACAGAUGCGAACACCCCCCGUGCCGUUUGUACCGUUAUUGAUUCAUUGCGCAGUCAUUUGUUGCUAACUUCACAAACACAAUAUCUCGUGGCGGGCACUAUACAUGUUAUAUCCCAUUUCGACUACUGAGACUGUCAGCCCUCCCGUUUGCACAUUUCAUACGUCAGAAACGCGCAAUACAACAUUUACAACAAUAAGUAUUAUCAUCCGAAUUAACACUAUAACACAAAGGGGCGAAAAUUGAGGUUAAGAUGUUGCCAGAAUCCUAUAAAUUUACCGUUGUCGUCACGAGAGUUGAAAAUCGACUUUUUAUUUUAAUUUUUAGGUCAUAUAUUUUGGCGAAGUUAGACAAAAUUGCUAUUAGGUCAUAAUUGUUUGAGGAGUGUUAGUUGUAUUAACUAUACUCAGAGGCACAAUUAUCUAUCACUUUAAUAUGACGCGAGUAUAUUAAAGUGGGCGGAUAAUUGUGCCUCUGAGUAUAUUAAAAGGGCCGAUAUCAUCUUUGGAUAAGUGUCUUAUAGUCUAACAGUGAGUUUUGUCGCUUUACUGUAUAUCAAAUGACAAAGACAAAAUUUGCAAAUGGACUCUCUAGAGACUUUUCAGAAGUUGGUAAAAACCGCCCCGAGUUUCAACUUUGGUGACGUCGACCGUACCUUAGUGUAUUGUGAAUAUUAAAAUUGUUAUCGCGUAUUUUAUACUGUAGUUUCGAAAACUUGCUUUUUUUAUUAUUUGUAAUUUUUAUUCUUCUGUUUAAUGUUUUUGUUAAGUCUUCCAAAAAAAAAAAUACUUUCAGUAUUUAAUUUAGCCAAUAAAUAGGGUCCGGGAGGGCGUUUCCUAUAUUAUAUUACAAUAUUAAGUUUGUAAGCACUCCGUAAUAAUUAAUUGAUGCAGUUAUGGAUACGUGUGUUUUGAUGAGAAUUUGUUACAGUGAGCAUUUUUUAUUAAGAUAACAAUACGUCAAUAGACAGAAAAAGACAAUGGAUUAUGGAGUGUAUGUACUUGAUAUAUGGACAUUUUUUAUAUAAUUGACCCGAUUUAUACAAAAGUUUUAAUAAUAUAUUUUAUGUCUAUAUUUCAAGUACUUACACUGUAAAAUAUUAAAGUAGGGGCUAGACGUCAUGACUUUGCAAAAUGUAAGAAGCGUAAGUAAAUACUUAAAAAAACAAAAUCUUGAAAAAAUAUUGUGUAUAAAUAAAAUUUAAAAAGACCCCCAAUGGUCAUGAAAUUAUUAAUUACACUCUCGAUCAAGUCAUCAAUAUUCUCUUUAUGUGCACUUUUAUUAGAAACCCCACUCGACUAUAUUUGCAGACAUUCGGUUAUUCUUCCCCACUUUAAACCCCCAAAACUUUUAAACGGCUCAACCGAUUUUCAUCAAACAUAUCUAAGAACACUCGCCCGUAAGUCGUCACCUUUCAUACAAAUAGAAACUAAAUCGAACUCGCUUCGGGAGCUAUGGUGCCACAUACAGACAGACAGACACAUCUAACUUGUAACUCCCCUCUUUUUGCGUCGGGGGUUAAAAAGGAAGUUUCACUACGAAAUAUAUAUAAUAUGCUAUGAGAUUCAUUCAUUCAGAACAGCAAAUUCAAAACUAAAAUUUAAACAAAAAUCAAAAUGGUUAAUAAUUAAUCGCGAUAAUCUCAGGAACUACUGGUCCGAUUUCAAAGAUUCUUUCAGUGUUAGAUAGCCCAUUUAUCGAGGAAGGCCCAUAUUCCCACGGGAACGGGAACCACGCGGGUGAAACCGCGCGACGUCAGCUAGUUAGAUAUAUUUAUUUUAGAGUUACCCAAGUUUCUUACAUUUUGCAUAUUUCGUUCCAGCGCCCGAUCUACUACUACACAAGUGUUUUAGAAACACACUUUUGUACAAAUGAAAGAUGUCUGUAUGUGAAAGUAAACUCGCGGUAUGUGCUGAGGGAGCGAUAAUAUAAAUGAUGUGAGCACGAGACGCUUUUAUUAGAAAUUUAAAAACUCAAAUACUUGGCUCCAUUGAUUUAUCUGAUGGCAUUGUAUUUUAUACUCUACUGCUUUUAUCUGCAGUCAUUUUGAUAAUGAUAGGCGAAAGGUAAUUUCUGAUUAUUAUCUGUAUGAUUAAAAUUGGAAUUAUCAAACAAACAAAAUGCGUCAUCGUUAAUUUAGAUGUAAAUUAUUAUUUUUUAUUUAAUUUAUAUUGAUUUCACACACUGUUUUUGUCAUUAAAUUACAUACAUUUAUUUCAAGAUUAAACUUCCCAAAAAUAUUAACUUGUUAACCGACUUCCAAAAAGGAGGAGGUUCUACGUUCGGCUGUAUGUAUGUUUUUUUUUUUGAAAUAUUUACUUGGUAGAGUUAUUACCAGACUACGACGAGGCCAAAAGGAAGGGUAAUUAUUUUGGCAAUCUGUAUGUAUGUUUUUGAAAAUAUGUUUGAUAAUAAUUGUUAGUCAUCAAUAUUAUCUUUGAUUUAUAAUACAGUGAUAAAAUAUUCAUAAAGAUUAGGCCGUCCAACACAACACUGUAUAGUUCUUAUCAUGAAAGAAGUCUCCCAGACGCGGCGAUAAUGUCUUAAUGGCGGUCUUAUUGUCAUUUGUGUAAGGCGAUGUCAAUUUUAGUACAGGUUUUAGUCGCGGGACUUCUUUCAUGAAAAGGCCUACUCGCCAACAGCUAAAUCGAUGGAGGAAAGAUUGUAGGAGGCAUGAUUUAAACUGUAAUUCUAGUACUCUCGAUCUACUCUUGUAUAAUAUGUAGUCUAUCAUAAGUUUCUAUAGUGGUUUUAGCCAAUGUUUCUAAGCUAUCAAAUAUGUCGAAAUGGAAAAGUGACCGUAAAUACUAUGGAAUUAAAUAAAAAAAGUUUUGAAGGUUAAAAACAUUUUAGUUUUGUCAGGGAGCCUUGAAAGUGCGGUUGAGGGAAUCCUCGUGGUAAUCUAUAUUAAUAUCCUUUUAGUGCAUUCGAAUCUAGCCUUUGCAUUGGAUUUUUUUUUUUUACAUAUUUCAUCUUGAAAAACACACCAAUAUUCAGGGAUGUGUAACUUAAAAACUAUUCAAACUAUUAUGGGAUAAAUUUAAAUAACAAAAUUAAAAAAAAAAAUAGACAAUAAAUUUUUGUUUUUCUAUGUCGUUAAUUUCUAAAAGGAGAUUUCUAUAGCGGUUAAUGGAAUCCUCGUGGUAAUCAAUAUUAAUAUCCUUUUAGUGCAUUCGAAUCUAGCCUUUGCAUUGGAUUUUUUUUUUACAUAUUUCAUUUUGAAAAACACACCAAUAUUCAGGGAUGUGUAACUUAAAAACUAUUCAAACUAUUAUGGGAUAAAUUUAAAUAACAAAAUUCAAAAAAAAAAUAGACAAUAAAUUUUUGUUUUUCUAUGUCGUUAAUUUCCAAAAGGAGAUUUCUAUAGCAGAGGUAUCAAGACUGCUCACCGAAGGCCUAGGCGGUCAGUGUGUAGGCUAUAGGCUUGUAUUGCGUGCGCAAUCGCCGACGCCGCGCCCGCGCGUCACGCUUUUACUAUUUGGACAAGAGUUUAUUAUUAUUUUUUUUAUAUUAGAUAGUCAAAAUUAUUAUAUUCAUAUCAUUAGGUUUUAAUUUAGGCGUCAUUCUUUGCAUAUAUUUGUUUGUUAAACUCUUUAACGAGCGGACUAAUCUUGUUCGUUUUUUUGGCCUACAAUUGCGAUUCUAUAUAUUAGGCAUUGGGAGAUUUUUUACACGCGACGCGAAGUGUUUUUAUAUGCUUGCGCCAGAUGAUCGUUUAUUAGAUUUUAAAUGUAUUUAACAUGCUUUAUUGAAACAAAAAAAAAAUGCAGGUGCUGUGUAUUGUAUAACUGCCAAUUAUGUUUUGUAAAUAUUACUUAUAAUAUAUGUAUGUAUGUUUAAUGUAACGAGCACACGAAUUUGCCUUACCGGUGGAGGGACGCGCGCGGCUCGGCGGCAUGUAUUGUAUAUAACAGUAAUAUAUUGAAUAACAGCCACACAUAGUUGGUUACUUUGUAGAGUGUGGGUUGCGCGCCCCGCGGUACAAAGUGCGUGCUAAUUUUUUUUUUUAUUAUUUAGUAUUCUAAUACACGAUUGUAUUGUCAACUAAGCUUACCAGUCAUAUAUGUAUAGAUGAAUACAUAUUAUUUAAUUUAACGCCGAUUUUAGUCAUAAUUAUCCAAAUUUAGUUAAUUAUUAAUUUGUAUUUGAUUUCUCUUAUAUCCAACAAUCGCUUGUAAGCAUCACACGGUGUGAUCGUUUUAUAUUAUUCGAGUCUGAAUGCUUCAUUGUUUAGAUGUUACAAUGUUCGAGACAUUAGCAUAAACAUAGGAGCUAAAGUUGAAAAAAAAAAAGUAUAUCAAAUGUUGGACGAGUAUUUUUAAUGUUUGACAAUAACGUCGAUACACAAUAAUUUUUGAAUAUUCUAGAAGCGACUGUCGUUUUGCUUGUUCUAACUUAUUUUUUUUCCUGCACUUAUUGUGUAUCGGUGUAUAGAGAGUAACUUCAACACUGUCCUCCUCCCGAACUGACCAAAUCAAUGACAAUAAUCUCUAGACGGAGCCUAACUAGACUUGUCUCGUUUCCAUACUGUUUGUUAAAAUGACCACAAAUUAUAAAGUGCAGCGGUGGUCGUUUAUAUUCUCUUUAAGCUGAUGCCAACAGUUUGUUGUGAUGUAAACCUUUUAAUAUAAUGAAGUUGUGAUGGACCUUGAAGUUUCAUUAUUGUUCAGAUGAACAGGGUUACUGGUAUAAUUACUCUACCUACAAGAGCAUAUUAAUUGGUAGAAAAUGGUCAAGAAUAUAAAGUAAUCUUGAACAUAUUUAUCACCUCAGAUUUUAGUAAUUUUGUAUUGAAAACUGAUUGAACAAACUUGGGAGAAAUACUGAAAGAUAUUACUAAUGUAAUAUUAUAGUGUGGUCAAUAAGAAAUCCAAAAGUAAGAAACAGGUUUAUUUUGUAAUGUUUGAAUUCGCGCUUUCCAAGUUAGACUUCAUCAGUCAUGAUUUUAAUGAACAAUUAAACAUGAAAAAUAUUUAAUUGUUCACUUAAAUGAUUUUGGUAAGUUGUCAAAACGGACCAAAUUUGAGCCACGGCAGUAGAAAACAUGACGGUAAUACUGAUACAUGAAGAUAAAGUUAGUUUUUUACCAAUGAGGCUUAAUCUACCAGAACGUUUAAAACGGGUUUUCAUGAGUCAAAAAUGAUAAUUAAACCAAAAAAAGUUAUCAUUUAAGGUCAAAUGUUACUACUACUGUAUAAUAUUUCCGGAUUGCGUGUACAAGUAUUAUAUACCAUUUACCCUGUAUAAUUUCCAAGUUCCAUCAUCAGACACUUAAAGGUUUCCUAAAGUGUUUUGGUUAUGAAUUUUUAUACAUUACUAUUGCUACCGUAACUUCAAAACUGAAUGCCAUAAGCUAAAUAUAUCUAAAGAAGCACUAGAAAAGUUAUAUCUCCAUUGAGUAACACCUAAUGCCAAUGUCGCAACGAAUGUUCAGAAUAAUGCAUGACUUGUUUUUGUAAUAUUUGUAAACAUUAGCUAUAUAAGUCCAGUGAUAUAUUUUAAAGAUAAGACAAUUUUGUAUACAAAACGGGAUAACACGUGUCCAGUAUAGCCACCGUUGUACACUACAGAGGUCGUGGCAAUGUCCGGUAGCGGAGCACUGUGGAAUUGAUUUGUGCGCUGUAACUUUGCUUGAGUGCAGUAGACGGUUGGUACUUAAGGUAAUAGGCCGAGAGCCCGCGAACACCAUACCUUUGUCAUUUUGUAAAAGGUGAAAGUUUGUCAGCUCAUGCUCUUACCAUAAGUAAGUACGGUAGUUAAUUAUGAAGUUUCGACCGUGGUGGCUUUAGGAGGUUGCAGGUUUUAAGGAUCCAGACCCUCAACCGUCUUAAGUAUAUUUUUUUUAUAUUUUUAUCGGCAUAAUAUGAGAAAUGAUAUCCCUAUUUGUCAGACACUUGGUUCAUGGUAAACCUUCGAGAAACACUAUUUAAUUUGAAACUUCAAGGGUCUCUAGUGAAGGGUUGCUAUGAAGCCAAGUGUCUGGCGAAUGAGAAUAUCAUUUCUCUUAAUAUGCCGAAAAAAAUUAUACUUUAUACUUAGAUGUUUGAAAGUCUGGAUCCUCGAAACCUGCUCGAACCUCCCAAUGCCACCACGGUCCAUACUCUAUAGUUGGUUAGGGUACUCAUCUGUUGUAGGAGCAUGAGCCGACAAACUUUCAGCUUUUAUAAAAUGACGAAGUUCUGUGGUUCACGGGCUCUUAGUCUACGUGUAGUCGCUGUGGUGCCUCUUGGACCGACGCCGUGCGGGAUCUCGCUAGCGGAGAGACACAGCUAAAUACAUAUAUCGAAUAGGAUGUUUAUCAUAGUUAUCGUACAAAUGACUGCAGUCUGCACCGGCGAGGAAUACGAGCGUAGUGCGUAGGUGCAUCGGUUCCCCCCUCCCAACCUCCCACCACUUGCUAGUUAGACUAAGAAUGUUAUCACCCACAAUGUCGCGAGAGACAUAAUUUUAAUACUAUAGAAGUACCAAACUCGUAGUUAGCGAUCACGUAUUAUGUACAUUGUAACUAUAUAUUAUUAUUUUUUUUUUCAUUUUACCAUUGUAUAGUCAUCUAUCAAGGACGGUAGUUAGCAAUAUUUCGCGCAAGGUGCGACAUGGUGCGCGCUCCCGCGUGUCGCACGCGGCCUGUCGCGCGCACUGUUGUUGUUUUCUUUUUUAUUUUUUUUUGUUAUAUAUUUAAUUAACACAAUCAACUUGUAGUUUUAAAAUAAUUAUUAUCAUUAAUUAUUAUUAUUAUUAUUAUAUUGUAAUAUAAUCUUAUUAAUGAAAAAAAUCAAACUGAGAAUAAAUAAUAGAAGCGAAUAUUAAA